AUGUGCAAGUACACCACCGACCAAAGAAGUCUGUAUCGUGUCAAUGAAUCCGUCUUGGCUAGCCCAGGCUAUUUUGCUGUCGAACUUUCCAACACCGUCCGUGCGGAGAUGACGGCGGGCGAGCGAACCACUCUCUACCGCUUCACUUUCUCGCCGAAUGAAACAGUCUCAUAUGAGGAUGUGGCUAACAAAGGGACCAUCAACGCUGUGAGCAACCCUCUCAUUCUUAUCGACCUGACGGAUAUUGCUCAGAGCAGGUCUAGCGGUGGUAUACAGGUCUAUGAGUCCGGCCGUAUCAUCGGCGAUGGCACCUUUCGACCUUCCUUUGGACAGGGCAGCUACUCGGCCUUUUUCUGCGCUGAUUUUCGAGGCGCCACCAUCAGGAAAUCAGGUGUCUUCGAGGGUGAGAACCCUCAUGACAGUGUAAAGCACCUCUCAGAGUUUACCCGAGGUAUACAUAACCCUACAGGCGCGGCCGGUGCGUGGCUGCACUUUGAACGCCCUAAAAACAAUCAGAUCCUCGCUCGUGUUGGACUAUCGUUUGUAUCUGUCGAGAAGGCGUGCCACAAUGCCGAGACCGAGAUCCCUACAUUCGAUUUUGAAGGUACUGUGAAGACCGCCGAGUCCAUCUGGGCAGAAAAGCUCUCGGCAAUUCAAGUAGACUCUACGGGUGUCAGCAAGGACAUGCAGGUCACCUUCUGGUCUGGGCUGUACAGGAGUCUGCUGUCGCCGCAAAAUUACACAGGAGAAAACCCCUUGUGGCAGUCAUCGGAGCCGUACUUCGACUCGUUCUACUGCAUCUGGGACUCUUUCCGUGCCCAACAUCCGUUACUGACCAUUGUUGAUCCGGAGGCGCAGACGCAAAUGGUCAGGGCACUUCUGGAUAUUUACAGAUUUGUUGGGAAGCUCCCAGAUUGCAGAAUGUCCUUCUGCAAGGGUUUUACUCAAGGCGGCUCAAAUGCCGACAUUGUCAUUGCGGAUGCUUACCUCAAGAAUAUAAGCAAUGGCGUAGACUGGAAGACCGCAUAUGAAGCAGUAGUAUCCGAUGCGGAAGUGGCACCACAGCAUUUCGGCGUUGAAGGCCGAGGCAACCUUGAAAGCUGGUUCGGCUUGGGUUAUAUCGCCAAGGAUCACAUAGACAGCAUUUCAAGCGGGCCAAACAGUCGUUCCAUCUCUCGAACAGUCGAAUACGCCUAUGACGACUUUUGCAUCGCCGAGAUGGCGCGUGGACUUGGCCACAAUGGGGAUCACACCAAGUAUAUGCAGCGUAGCGCCAACUGGCAAAAUCUCUGGAAUCCGGAUCAGCCAGACAUUGUCCAAGAUACGCAAAAGAAAGAGACAGGGACUACAAAGUAUAAGGGAUUCCUGAUGCCAAGGCUGAUAAAUGGCUCGUUCGAAUAUCAGAACACGCGCAUCUGUUCACCCAACACAGAGCAGCAUCUCUGCUAUUUUGACACUUGGCAGGCAACAUACGAAGGCUCACCCUGGUUGUACUCGUUCUUUGCGCCCCAGGAUAUGUCGACAUUGAUUAAACUCAUGGGUGGGCGGGAUGCUUUCGUUGACAGACUCGAAUAUUACCAUGGAGGUAACAUUGUUUACAUGGGAAAUGAACAGGGCUUCCUUACCGUUUUUCAGUUCCACUACGCUGGACGGCCCGGUCUUAGCUCCCGUACCGCACGGAGCUACAUCCCCUCACAAUUCAACGCCAGCAUCAAUGGCAUCCCAGGCAAUGAUGACUGCGCGAUGGGUGCUUUCAGCGGAUUGGCCAUGAUGGGGUUCUUCCCUGUCGCCGGACAGGAUGUUUACCUUCUUAUCCCGCCGUUCUUUCCUGAGGUCCGGCUUAAGUCAAGGGGGGCCAAGCCCGCUGUUAUCCGAAAGAUCGCCAAUGACAAAGCGGAACUGGCGGAUGGCAUAUACAUCCAGAGCGCAACGCUGAACGGGAAACCGUACACCAAAAACUGGAUAUCACACGAAUUUUUCUACCAUGGCGGGGUGUUGGAGUUGACGGUCGGGACGAAAGAGAGUGAUUGGGGUACUAGGGAAGAAGACGUGCCGCCUAGUUAUCCAGCGACACCGAAGACAGUGGCUGCGACUCGCACCCAGAGUUGA